AUGACCAUAUGUAGAUUAUUCGUGCUAAGAGGGGAUAAAAUCGAGGAUGAAAUGCUCAAUUUUCAAUUUCCUCAAAGCGAUUAUAUGGGCACUGUCAAAAAUCAAUUCGAAACGAAACGAAAAGCCGAAAACUUCAACUUUCUUCAAUCUCAUAAGAACGGUAUACAAAACAUUAUCAUCCAUCCUAUCAAUAUUGAACUCAAAGUUGUUCUUAUUCUUUGUUUUCGUUUCAAAUUGUAA